CUAUAAAUUUCUUCAAAUUGUUCUUCUCUCUUCUUUGUUGUAAUCCAAAAUCAAACACUAUAAUUUUUUCAAUUAAAACAUAUAUUGGAUUCAUGCCAUUUUUCACAAUGAAAUUAACAAUGUGAGCACAAUAACGCAUGUGAAACAAUUCUUCUCUCUUAAUAAAGUUAGAUGGUAAAAUCUUAUCAAGUAUAAGACCAAUCAUGGCAUCAUUUGUACUACAAUUAUCAACCAUAAAAGUUGACAAUCUCCUAUUUAUGUUCUAAUCAUACAAGGAAUUCACCAAGCAUCUAAGAACCUCCGUAGUAUGGGGCCAAGGCAUGUAUGCAAACCUAAAAUAAUGUAAAUAUAAUAAACAAUUAUGACAUUAACAAUUCAAAUAUAUAAAAGAUACUAAAAGUACAAAUAAAUUAAAUGAUACCUCACAAGUUGAGAUUGUAAGUUCCAAUCAUCAUCAAUAAAGUGAGCUAUAAUUGACAUAUAACUUUUGUUUCGACAAUCAUCACUCCACAUAUCGGUAAUUAUAGCAAUACGGCUUGAAUUUUUUUUUCCAACAAUUUUAUAACUUCUAUCUUCACAAUAUCAUUUUUUUCAAGAAUUUGAACAAAGGUUGAGUCUCAGCCAUAAACUUACGAAAAUCCUCUUGCUUAACAAAUGUUAUAAGAUGCUCGUGCUUAAUAACCCAUCUUGUAAGUCCUGGUCGUGUUGUCUCUCGACUAAAUAUGAAGUUUUCAACCAAAAGUGAAUUCCUUAGUCUUUCCGUUCUUAUAGAACUUAAUGAUUGUUGCACUGUUUUCAAUAUUGAUUGCUUUAGGAUCCCCACAAUUCGAAAAGUUUUGAUCACCUCAUAACACUUUAGUUUUAUGGCCAAAUUGUGCGACUCUUAUUUAUUUCACUAAGAAGAGAUAUAUGUCCAAAUGCAGAAUAAUAAACUAUCAUAGAAGUUCCUAACACCAUGAUAUUUAUAUAGUCUAUUUAUUAGUUAGCUAUCUUAAAUAUUUACAAAGGCUUUGAAUUAUCUAUGAUGAUUUUAUAAAAUUUCACAUAAACAUUUUCAAAAUGUACCAAAGAAUUUUGUUGUGUAUUUAUGUGACAGUGAGCAUCUAACAUUGCUUAAGAUAUGUCAUAUCACGAGACGUUCUCUUAUUGGCCUAUACUCAUUCGUUGGGUUUGGUGCUAAAACCAGAAAUUGUUCUUCUUAAACAAUUGGAUUAUAUUCAAAUAUACAUACCUUAUAGUAACAUAAAAAGAGAAGGCUUUAUUGAGCAGUGAAAAGAUGAAGACUACUGCAGAAGACUCCAAAUUAUUAUUUAGCACCUCUUUGCUUUUAGUGAUCUCAUCUCAGUGUGUGGCAGAAACACCAAGAGCUCAAUGUGGUGGAGGCAUUAUAAUAAAUCCAGGAUUUGAUCACAGCAUAGAUGGACUUAAGAAAGGAAUGCUAUGCAGCUUUACUGAAAUUUGUGACCUUAUUUCCUUACAUUUAAAACGAAUGCAACUGAGCUGAUUUGAGGAGGUCACGCGAUAGCAAAGCAUGGAUCCUGGACUCUGCUAAAAGGUGGCAUAAUUGCCAACCACUUAAGCCCUGCUGAGAUUCUUUUUGAGGUGAAGUGAAAUACUUUCUAGACUUAAUACCUGCAUGUUUCUCAGCUUUAAGAACAUGAAAAAAAUAGUCAAAUGCUCAAUGGUUCUGGUUUUCUCUUAUUUAAAUAUAAAAUAAGUAUGAAUUUAAUAAAUAAAAUAAAAAAAUAUUUAUUAUGAGAAGAAAAUAUAUAAUUUUAUAUAAUUAUUUAAUUAUGACUGGAUUUACCGGUUAGAAAAAAGAAUAAAUUCUUUGGUUUCAAGGUAUGAACUAUGAAGGUGAAGUCAUUGCAUGGAAUGCGGUGAAUGAGAAUCUCCACUUCAGCUUCUGAGGACCAUCUUGGGGUGAUAGAGCCGCCAGCCAAUUAUAUUGCAAAAAUGGCGAAGAUUCGUUCAUUUCCAGGAAAUGAAGGAAUAUCAGCAGCAAAAGGGCUACAAGGCCAUUUCAAUGCUGGCCAGCCAAAUCUUGCUUACAUGAGAGCUGCUCUUGAUGUUUUUGAUACUACUUCAUUUCCAAUAUGGCUCACAGAACAUGCAGAGCUCUUGGAAGAAAUUCUAAGAGAAGGAUACUCUCAUCCUUCUGUUGAAGGGAUCAUCAUAUUUGCCCGUGCGGUAAUAGCUGGUUUCAAGGACAUGGCUCUCACUUAUGAGAAUUUUCAUAAUACUCCGGCCGAUGACGUUGUGGACAAGCUCAUCAAGAAGGAGGCACGAGCUAGCAGCUUCCGCGUCACCAACCUAUCUAUCAGAUUACUUCUAUUCUCACAAUUGACUGAAACUAUAGAGCACAUGAUUAAAUGUAUGAUGAUAACCAGGGCGAAGAGAUCCACCAGAGUUGGCUGAGUGGCAGCUUUCAUGGCAGAUUUUAUUUGAAACAACAAUUGACAACAGUUAUUAUAAGAGAAUUCUGGUGCAUGAAACUACCCCAUUGGAGAGUUGGAAGGCACUUUUGUGUUGUAAUUUAUGGCUAACGUAGAAUUGGAAUACACAAGUGUAUCUAAAAGUGAAGAGGUUGUUGGUGGUUAAAGAUUUCUGUGGAAAAUGAAUAAUU